AUGCCUUCUGUUCGUACUGUCCAGGACAAUGAUAACGACAAUCAUUCGUCAGCAUCCGACAGCUCUGAUCGUGAACCUCAUGCAAGGACUCCUCAUAUCUCCCAGGAUCAAGGUCCAGAGGUCGAGAAUUUGACGUCCUAUUCUCGCCGUCGACGACACAAAUCGAGGCGCAGGACAAUGGGCAUGGAGCGUUCUGAGUAUAUUGUCAGAGGGAAUGAUCCAUUUGACUACGAACAGAAAUUCCCAGAGGAUAAGCAGCACGAGGAGCUUGGGCCAACAGCUAGGGUGUGGAGAACAUACCUUGAAGAAUGUGUUCCAUUUGAUAUUGAGAUGGUGGAAGGGUGGAGAGACGGUCUAGAUGUUCUCCUCGUCUUUGCUGGUCUUUUCUCAGCGGUUGUCACGACAUUUGUUGCUCAGACAUCACAGAGCCUCCAGGUUGAUUAUGGCGCGGUCACUGCCUCACUUUUAAUUGAGCUCAUCAAUGUCCAACGCUCUGCAUCGAACGGUUCCCUCGUAAACGACGUCCCUCACUCAGACCUCACCUUUCAUCCCUCGGCGUCCGACUCAUGGGUCAAUGGCUUGUGGUUCACAAGUCUCUCACUGAGUCUCACGACUGCACUGUUCGCUGUUUUGACAAAACAGUGGAUCCACCAGUACAUGUCCGUGCCUUCAGGAACACCGCAGGACAGAUGCCGUGUGCGUCAAUUCCGGUACAUGGGUCUCCAGCAAUGGGGUGUAGCCUUCAUUAUUGGACUCCUUCCAGUCCUGAUGAGUGCAUCGCUAGCUGUAUUCCUUGUGGGAUUGGUUCUCUUCAUCGUCCCCUUGCGGGUGUCUAUUGCCAGUGUCGUUGGAGCAAUCACGUUUAUAUCAUUUUCGGCCUACAUGGUCACCAACUUCCUUCCGAUCUUAUACCCUUCAUGCCCCUACAAGACUCCGUUGUCACAAUACAUGUUCCCUCUGUACACCUAUAUCUUGCACAAUGGCGUUUUCAACUGGCUGAUCUCUCCAAUCUCCAAACUUGGGGCGGGGCCACCCCAUAAACCAACCUCUGACGCUCCUGCAGUUCGUACGCUGAGGGGUGCUGAACGUGCGGCUGUGGAUGCUAGUGCCGAUGAAACGGAUGUGCAAGCACUUUCUUGGCUCAUUCAUAUGUCGUCGAACCCUAGCGUGGAGAAGAUUGUGAUAGAAUCAACGGGUGCUUUGCCGCUCAAGUCUGUGCAUCCUCUCGAGCGCCAUAUAGCCCAUAUCUCUCGUGCAUGUUCUACAGCUCUCGAAACCAUUGUACGCGGGCCAGAUAUCUCCAUGCAUGAAAGUCAAGUGGAUCGUCUUCUUCGGGCCCAUCUCCGCUUCGAGGGCUUGUAUAUUUUACUUGAAAUACCCCAGAAUGCCAAGGAAUGCCUCUCGCCUGCGAUUUAUGCAGAGCUUUUGUCUAUCUGCAUGUUUUGUGAAACGGAGAUCAGAGAACUGGUCAUAUCCAACUUGAAAGCUGGAUCCUAUAACCCUACCGCUCUUCGCUUACAGCCCAUAGUAUGGGCAUAUCUCCUUCAGAAGCUUGAUCCAUCCACUCCUGAUAAUUUCGGAGUGAUGCAGAUAUUAUUCACAAUGAUACCGCCGUUCUAUUGGAGCGCUGAUUUCACUCCUCCUACUCAAUUCAUUGAGUGUUGUGGUAUAAAAAUACUUUACGGAGAUACCGCCGUGGCUACCCUUGGGACAGCGAUUCAAGAGUCGUUAUACCUAUAUGUUGCUGAAGUCAUACUUCGACAUCAUCAAUGUGCCAUAUUCCCCCUGAAUCCCGCCUAUGUAUUUCCCUCUCAGGAUUGGCGACUCCAUCUUCUCUUGAGCAUGGCCGACUCACCCUCUAUACGAAGCAUGCCCAUCUCCACCUUUCCUUUCGACAACAGUUUGUUUAUCAGGAUAAUGCAAGGCAUUGGUGACUUCCUAGGCGUGAAAUCACUUCUAUCAUAUGAUGGCGAUAUCAUACCUACCGUCCCCUUAGACGAUAAUCGUCGUGCUGUCCUGAAAUUGCUAUACACGCUCAUCUCGUCCGUUGAAUUCGACGAUACUUUACCUCUCCCCGAGCGAAACUUUGUCUUGAUAAUUUUCCUUCGUGUUCUUAAUUCCACGUCACCUCGCCCACCAUUCCUUCCCAAAGACUGGUGCACACCAGAGCUGGCCACCAAAUUUGUGCGAAAUGCUUUGGACUCGGAGUACACUUCACAGCAAUAUCCUAGUGCCUAUGAACUGGGUACUUAUUUCCUCCGGUCCACCUCCUUCACCGACAAGACUGCGGCUUAUUUUGUAUCAAGUCUCUUUGAACACUUACGCACACACGACUCCAGUCUUGCUCUCUUAAGAUUUUUAUACUUGAUUGUCACCGUCCUGGCAUCCGAAAAUUCAGAUAUUCAUAUACGCCAGCAAUCGCUGGAAUACUUGUAUGAGCCCGACAAUCUGUUCACUUCUUGCACUACCCUCAUUCAGUGGGAUGACACCAAGACGCUUCGUCAUCUUGCUCUCCUCCGUCCCAAGGACCGGGCCUGGACCGACUGUCUACAGCAGCUACAAGACAAAUUCCCAGAAGGGACAUGGUUUCAUCCCCAUAUCGUGGCCGAUUUCAAAGCAUUUAUCACAGGUGGAUGUGUGGGUGCAUUUGGGACGGAUGACCAUGACGCGGCGUCUUCCAAUACUGUGCAACCAGCUCGAAGAGAAGACGAUAAUUCUCCACAUCAUCCAUGGUCAACGGUGUGGCGUAGAGUACGACGAUUUAUUGCAGGAAAGCCUAGUCGUGAGGAGAUAGAAUUAUCGAAUAAUGACGCCAGAGUGUAGUCUACAUGAUGCUCUGAU